UGGCACUAUCACGAUAACUCCCUCCCUGCUGGUAUGAUACUACCCCCAGAGCUCACAGACAUCAUCGUCGACCACUUACACGACAAUGUGUAUGCCCUCAGUGCGUGCGCGCUGACCUGCCGCGCGUGGCUGCCCACGAUCCGCUUCCAUCGCUUCCACCACACCAGGCUACCAACGAGCCACGAAUCUAUACGCCAAUUCCAUGAGGUGCUCCUCGCAUCGCCUGAAAUGCGCGGUAUGGUGCAUACGCUCGAACUACAGGGGCAGCUCGGAUGGUGGCUCGGUGAGGACGCGGCUGUUUGGCAGGGAGCGUCCUUCACAUUCCUGGCGCUACUGCCGGCAGUGGUGGACCUCAGACUCGUCGCGAUGAUCCUCGAGGACUCCGCGCACAAUAUGCUCGUUGCAAAUCUAAGGAGCGUCAAGCGGCUCUCGGUCCACAGGUGUUGUUUCCGGUCGUUCCACUUAUUCGUAACCUUGAUCGGGUCGUUUCCGUCCCUCGACGCACUCACGCAAUCCUUCGCCCUGAUCUGGCGCUACUAUGCGACCGUGGUGUCUACCUAUGUUGAUGACGAGCUGCGAUCUCGUGUAUCGGGCAGACUGCGGACCCUGAGACUGGGGGAGCCAUGGUUUGACGAAGAAGAUCCACGGGUGGCCGAACUGGUCCCAGUCAGGGAGAUGCUCGUCCGACAGCUCCAUUCGACGACGGCGACGACGGAUCUCUCUGAACCCUUCCUCAAGAUGCUUGGUCCAGAUAUUCUCGAGACGCUAGAGCUAGACAUCGGCAGUCCUGGCGGGUAAUCGAGGAUCCUCGGGCGGGAGCCAUUCUCCUUCGCGCCUUACACCCGCCUGCGCACUUGCGCGUUCUAAAUUCUGCUCCGGGGCACGCAG